CUUUUUUCAGCUAUAUUUGUACAAGUUUCCUUGAUUCUUUUCUUUCUUCUUCUUCUUCUUCUUCUUUUUCUUAAAUAAAAUAUUAUUAUUAUGGCUCAUAGACUAGGUGGACGCAGAAAGAAUGUCAAGAAAGGAUUUCAAUUCACUUUGAUGGUUGUAGGUGCAUCUGGCACUGGUCGUACUACAUUUGUCAACACCCUUUGUGAUUCCAAUGUCUUGUCAAAGAAAAUUUGCGAUAAUCCUGAAGAUGCUCAUAACGAAGAAGGUAUCACUAUUAAGCCUGUCUCUGUUGAAUUGGACGAAGAUGGUGUAAGAAUCUCCCUAACCAUUGUUGAUACGCCUGGAUUUGGUGAUAACAUUGAUAAUGAGAAAUGCUUUCAAGAAAUUGUUGGUUAUUUGGAAACACAGUAUGAUGAUAUCUUAGCUGAGGAAUCAAGAAUCAAACGUAAUCCUCGUUUCCGUGACAACCGUGUCCAUGCUCUUUUAUAUUUCAUUUCUCCAACUGGUCAUGCGCUUCGUGAGAUUGAUAUUGAACUCAUGCGUCGUUUGAGUCCUCGUGUGAAUGUAAUUCCCGUUGUUGGUCGUGCUGAUUCACUUACUCCACAAGAACUAAAGGACUUUAAGCGAAGAAUCAUGGAAGACAUUGAACACUAUAAAAUUCGUAUCUACAACUUCCCUUACGAUGUAGAAGAAGACGAUGAAGACACAAUUGAAGAGAACAGUGAAUUAAGGGCUCUUUUACCUUUUUCAAUCAUUGGAAGUGAUGAAGAAAUUAUUGUGAAUGGUCGUGCUGUUCGUGGAAGACAGUAUCCUUGGGGUGCAGUAGAAGUGGACAAUCCUCAUCACUCUGACUUUGGUCGCUUAAGGUCUGCUCUUUUGAGUUCUCAUCUUCAAGACCUCAAGGAAAUCACACAUGACAUCUUGUAUGAAAACUAUCGUACCGAAAAACUUAGUCGUACAGUUCAUGGCGGAGAACAAGAUGAUGCUUCUUUGAAUGUAGAUGACAUGACAGGUCAAAGCAUGCGCUUAAAGGAAGAACAUUUGAGAAAAGAAGAAGAAAAGUUACGUGAAAUUGAAUUGAAGGUUCAACGUGAAAUUCAAGAAAAGAGAGCCGAAUUAAUGAACAAGGAAGAAGCAUUGCGUAGUUUAGAAGCAAGGCUUUCACAAGCUCAGAUAGCUGAUGCUUAAACUUAAUCACAAUAAAGAAUGAGAUACCUUUAA